ACUGCCCUGUCAGUGUGCAAAGUGGAAGCGGCCACGGAGACGGUGGAGAGAUGGCCUUCGGCGGCGCCCAGCCUCCCUACCUGAGCCCAGCCGUCCCCUUUACUGGGAUAAUCCAAGGGGGUCUCCAGGACGGACUUCAGAUCACCAUCAGUGGGACCGUUAUAUAUUCCAACGGAAACAGGUUUGCUGUGAACUUUCAGACCAGCUACAAUGACAAUGACAUUGCCUUCCACUUCAACCCUCGGUUUGAAGAAGGCGGGUAUGUGGUCUGCAACACGAAGCAGAAAGGAAGCUGGGGGCCUGAGGAAAGGAAGAUGCAAAUGCCCUUCCAGAGGGGGUGUUCCUUUGAGCUCUGCUUCCUGGUACAGAGCUCAGAGUUCAAGGUGAUGGUGAACGGGAACCUCUUCAUGCAGUAUGCACACCGCGUGCCCUUCCACCGCGUCGACACCAUCUGCGUCACGGGCGCCGUGCAGCUGUCCUACAUCAGCUUUCAGAACACCGGCGGAGCUCUCAUCCAGCCCGCCUUCUCCACGGUGCAGUUCUCCCAGGCUGCCUGUUUCCCAGCCAAGCCCAAGGGGCGCAAACCGAAACCUCCAGGGAUCUGGCCGGCCAGCUCGGCUCCCAUUACUCAGACCAUCAUCCACACCGUGCAGAGCACCCCUGGACAGAUGUUCCCUAAUCCCAUGAUCCCACCCAUGGCAUAUCCCAACCCAACCUACCCGAUACCUUUCUUCACCUCUAUCCCCGGUGGGCUGUACCCCUCCAAGAGCAUCACGGUGUCGGGUACCGUCCUGCCCAGUGCUCAGAGGUUCUACAUCAACCUGUGCUCCGGGAGAGACAUCGCCUUCCACCUGAACCCCCGCUUCGACGAGAAUGCCGUGGUCCGCAACACGCAAAUCAACAGCUGCUGGGGGUCUGAGGAGCGAAGCCUGCCCCGACAGAUGCCCUUCUUCCGAGGCCAGAGCUUCUCGGUGUGGAUCAUGUGUGAAGGCUCCUGCCUCAAGUUGGCUGUGAAUGGGCAGCACCUGUGUGAAUACUACCACCGCCUGAAGAACCUGCCCGCCAUCAACAGCCUGGAGGUGGGGGGCGACAUCCAGCUGUCCCACGUGCAGACAUAGGCCAGCCCUGCCCUGGGCUGCCGUCUGGCUCUGCCCAUCACCCCCACCUGCCCCGGAUCUGGGGCUUUGCUGGAGAGACCACGUCCUUGGCUGGCUCUUCUUCUGGCCAAGCCCACCUCGUCCCAAGCCGCCAGCUGUCACUCCACGCAGGAGGCGGUAUCCUCGGCCCCUGCCCUUCCUCCAAUCUUUAACCUCUCCUCCUCCCGGAAAGCUACCCUGAUGACACCCCACUGGUCCCCACCAACGGACAGGAGCCUUCUCAGCAGGGGGCUCUCCCCUUUCCCAGUGUCCUUCGAAUAAAGAAAGAAAGAACAAUCCUUGU